GAUUGGUCGAUUUACAUUAACAUUGCCUCUGACCAUGCCUCUGACUAAACGUCAGAAUCAGAUAGUAUAAACGGGAAUACAUGUUUGUAUUUAACAUUAAGGCAAAAACAACUUUGCUGCGUUAAGAUUGGUGUUUGGUCACGUGAUUGGGGUCAAACGUUUCGCGGGAAACAACAUGGCGAGCGAGAUGUCAUCUCCUACCUUGGACGCUGUGCAAUGUCCCGUCUGCUUGAAAGACUUUACACCUGGCACCAUUAACCGACAUCUCGACGUGUGUCUGCUGAAAAGCGUGGCUGACAGCAGUCCGUCGACAACAGAAGAAAGCGAGCCUCCUUUGAAGAAAUAUCGCAUUAGUGCCACUGUCGAGGCUGAGCCACCCAGCACCACCGCGUCCAGCCCUUCCUCCGUGGCUGGUGCGGCUUCAUCUGUGUUUUCUUUGUUUCAGACCAACAAGAGUAAACUUUUAGCCCCAGGUGAACGCAACGGGGUUUUAUCAAGUAAACUAUCUCCUGUCAACAAGGGGGUUAAACGUAAUUUGCUCGGCGAGGCAGAACCAGGACCAGCAGCAGGUACAGAGGAUAUGAAGUCCCCUGGAUUAAACGGUCAUACUUUGAAGACAUCCACUGAUUUAUCACCACGGACACUGCUGACGAGUAACAAGCCUCUGGCAGAGAUACUGAGACCAAACACACUGGAGGAAUACUUUGGUCAGAGUAAAGUUGUGGGACAGCAAACACUCCUCCGCUCACUGCUGGACUCCCAGGACAUCCCAUCCCUGAUCCUCUGGGGACCCCCGGGGUGUGGAAAGACCACUCUGGCUCACAUCAUUGCCAGCAGCAGUAAAAAGAAGGGGACAGCUCGUUUUGUCUCUCUGUCCGCCACCAGCACGUCCACCAAUGAAGUGCGAGAGGUGAUCAAGCAGGCGCAGAACGAGCUCCGGCUGUGCAAGAGAAGGACCAUACUGUUCAUCGAUGAGAUUCACCGCUUUAACAAAUCACAACAGGACACCUUCCUUCCUCACGUGGAGUGCGGAACGUUGACUCUGAUCGGGGCCACCACAGAGAACCCGUCCUUCCAGGUAAACGCUGCGCUGCUGAGCCGGUGCAGGGUGCUGGUUCUGGAGAAACUCUCUGUGGAGGCAAUGGGCUCCAUUCUGGACCGGGCUGUGGCCACACUGGGGAUUAAAGUCCUGGGACAAGAUCAGACAAUUCCCAAAGAGCAACCCCAAUCAGAUGAGCCAAAGAUCUUCAUUGAACAAAAGGCUCUGGACACAGUCGCCUACCUCUGUGAUGGAGACGCGAGAGCAGGACUCAACAGUCUGCAGCUGGCUGUUCAGGCUCAGCUGAGCUCGGCCCGGCCCGACCCCUCAGGGCAGGGCGGCUCUCAGGAAAUACUGGUGAAGGAGGACCACAUCAAGGAGGGUCUUCAGAGGUCCCAUAUUCUCUAUGAUAGAGCUGGUGAGGAGCAUUACAACUGCAUCUCAGCGUUACAUAAGUCUAUGAGAGGCUCCGAUGAGAAUGCAGCUCUGUACUGGCUGGGCCGCAUGCUGGAGGGCGGAGAGGAUCCUCUGUACGUGGCCCGGAGACUGGUCCGCUUUGCCAGCGAGGACGUGGGUAUGGCAGACUUCGCCGCUCUUCCUCAGGCCGUGUCAGCCUUUCAAGCUUGUCACUUUAUCGGGAUGCCUGAAUGUGAGGUGAUCAUGGCUCAGUGUGUAAUCUAUCUGGCACGAGCACCCAAGUCUGUUGAUGUCUACAAGGCCUAUGCUAAUGUGAAAGCUUGUUUGAGGAACCACAAAGGGCCCCUGCCUUCUGUCCCCCUGCAUCUUCGCAACGCCCCAACCAGACUGAUGAAACAACUGGGCUACGCUAAAGGCUACAAAUACAACCCAUCCUUCAGCGGCCCUGUGGAGCAGAAGUACUUACCUGACGAGCUGCAGGGAAUCAACUUCUUCACCUGGACGCCUUCAGACCUGUGAGGCUCUGCUGCUACAGUGUGUUGUUAAACCAAAGUCUGCUGAAUUAAAACAAUCCCAUCAAAUAAUCACUUGUCGGGAAAUAAUUGUAAUUCAAGAUAAGGUAAGGACGCUUAAAGUAUUUCAUUAGUUGAUCAUAAGAAGAAUAAACCAUCAAUCAUUCAGUUAA